ACGUAAACAACAAACAUGGCGAAGCCAGGCAAGGUGGGCAAGGGUGGCACCAGCAGCAAGAUGGGGAAGCGGAAGGACAAGAAGGAGGGGGGACGAAUGUCCAAGAAAGUCCACCCGGAAAAGCUCAAGAACAUUAUGAAGGCAAAGGAGGCCAAGAAGAACAGCCGCCGCAUGACCAAUCGCAGUGAGAAAAAGAAAGAGAAGCGGGGUCUUCUGCGUCAAAAGGAAGCACAGAGGGCGUACCAGGCCAAGAUUGACGAGGAUGUCGAGUACCAGAAGAAGCUUCAGAUAGAGCUGGCUGGUGGAAAUGACCCCAGGAGCAAUCACCAGGUAAAAGUGAUGGACAAAAGGGAGCUGCAAGCACUUGUUCAGAGCCAGAAGAGAGUCCUGUUAGAUGAGAUGGAGGAUGAACUGGCCAAGGAGGAUGUAAGAGUAGGAAGGACGGCUGCAGUCGAGCCAGACCCUCUCUCGCAAUACAAAAGUGUUGAAGAUGAACCACGUAGCUUUGAAAAGAACCCCAUACCCAGCUGGGUCAGGACCAUGUUGCCCAUCAAAAACCAACAGGGUGGUAUUGUGGCAAGGUACCUGGCAGUUGAUGAUAAGAAAAAGGAAAAGAAAGGUGAGGAAGAGGAGGAAGACGAAGAUAGUGAUGAUGAGAGCAGUGAUGAUGAGGAGCUCCGUGUUGGUACAAAGUCCUAUGUGCAGAUCUUGGUGGAACGAAAACGCAAAAUCGAUCAGAAGAAGUUGGAAAUUGCAGCUCUUGCCACAGCUAUUAUUGGAGAGCCAGAGGAAAAGAUCAAAUUGUUGAAGAACUUAGAAGCCUAUCUAAAGGAGGAGGACCCAGAUAUCGCCAUCACAGUAAGGAAGUACGCAGCGCUCAGCAUGUUUGAAGUCUUCAACCACCUUAUUCCCACAUUCGAGCUCGGAGAAGAAACCAAGGAUCACAAGUCCCUAUUGAGAAAAGAGAAGAAACAAGCUUAUAAAUUUGAGGAUGACUUGCUCUUCGAGUACAAGCAGUACUUAAUCACCCUUGAAGCAAAUUUGAAGGACAAGAAAUUGCAGAAUGAACAUUCUAAAGAGGCCUUUAAUCAAUUGAUGAUCGCAAUUCUUAAGUGCUAUGGGGAACUCCUUUUGCGAAAGGGCCACUUCAACUACACAUUCAACAUAGUCCAAGUGAUCACUCCAUAUGGUAGCUACAAGGUCAAGGAGGUCGCACAGGUAGUGCUGGAUACCUUCAAGAAACUUUUUAUUCGCGACAAGACUGGCGAGAUGACUCUGGAGAUUGUAAUGCAGAUGGACAAGUACAUCCGCAGAAAAUUUUUCAAGGUGGAACCGUAUUACAUACAGGCUUUCCUUGACAUCAACAUUUCAAAUGUGAAAAAUCUUGAUGCACUGAUUGAAGCUCACCGCAAUGCCUCGAAGAAGCUUACACACACACAAAAGCUCAUUAAGAAAGUGAUUGAGGAACGAGCACCAAAGAAGUCCAUCAAAGAGCGGAAGAAAUGCAAGAAGCAACGCAUCCUAGAGGAAAAGAUGCGUGAGUUCAAGGAUAUCAGAUCAAACCGGAAGCGCCAAGAGGCUCAUAGCAAGAUCCUGCAGAUUGUCUUUGGUAUCUACAUCCACGUACUGAAGAGGAAGCCCAACAAGGUGCUCAAUGAGGUCGUCUUGGAGGGACUUGCAAAAUUUGCACAUUUGAUCAACAUUGAGUUCUUUGGUGACCUGCUUGAUGUCCUGGGCCAGAAAAUGCUGGAGGGCACCAUGAACUUCCGCGAGUCCAUGUUCUGUAUCAAGACAGUGUUCACCAUCCUUUCAGGCCAGGGCGAGGCACUCACUCUAGACCCCAGGCAGUUCUUCACUUAUCUCUAUGCCAAUAUGUUAAAAAUGGGCCAAGAUGGUAAUCAAUCAAACGUCUUCCCAACUCUGGAUGCCCUCAAGAUGAUGCUUGUGCAUCGUCAGCGGUGCGUAAAUUCAGAACGCAGCUUGGCCUUUGCUAAGCGCCUGGCCACACUCUCACUCGCACAACCCUUCCACAACAACGUCAUCGCUUCACUCUCUGUCCUCAGGGGUAUCGUUCUGAACAACCCAAACACCAAAUUCCUGCUGGAUUCUGACACUGAGGGUACGAGCGGCAUAUUCCAGCCAGAGGUGAAGGAGCCUGAGCACUGCAACGCAGGUGCAACAGCCUUCUUUGAGUACAGACUCCUCAGUCGCCACUACCAUAACUUUGUUCAGAAAAUGACCCACCAUCUCGUGAACAGCGCUCCCCUGCAUGGGGAGGGAUCCCUGCCCAUUGACAUGACUAGAAAGACGCUGCAGGAGCUGCAGGACAUGUUUGAUCCGCAGGAGAUGUGCUUCAACCCAACUGUGCCAAAGCCAGAGUUGCAUUUGCCCAAGAAGGACGAGCGCAAGAUGACCUCCAAGAAAAACCGGAGGGCCCGAUUCAUCACCCCGUACAUGCAGAAGCAGAUGGAGGAACUCGUCACUGAUGAGAACCGGAACCGCCUGUUGGGACAUGAGGCCAGUGGAAUGGGCCAUCCCAAUGGACAUGCAGCCAACGGCAUCAGUGGAGUAAAUGGAACGAAAAAGCAAGAUGAGGAGAAUGGGAUGGAUGCAGACACGAGUGAGGAAGCGAUGAUCAGUGACGCAGACUUCUUCAAGGGAAUGAUCUGGAAUAUGGACCUGGCAAGCAUCCCCAGCAGACAAAACACAAAUGGAGAGCCUGAAGGAAGAUGGGACAAAGACGUGACUUUAGAGUUAGUGAAGGUAGAAGCGAAGUGAUAUCAAUGGUUUUGUUUAUACCUGAUUUGUUAUAUGUUUUUUUUUUUUUUUUUUUUUUUGAUGGGGGGAGGGGGUUGAGUUGCUGUGGUAUAUAUUUAUAAAUUAUGUGUUAUAAACCAUUGGAAUGUAUACAUAGUUUUACUUUUUGUACCUAAUACAAAAGAAAAAGUAUAUACAGAAA